GACCAUCUCAAAGAGGACUAGCACCUGCAUGAACAUAAGUACGACCAAGAAGUCGCUAGCCUCACUCCCCACUCCCCAUCACCCACCUCCAGCUCCUCGCAAUCUCUUCUAACAAAUGUCUCUUAUUCUUUCCUCUCACCCAAUACAGGUUCUCGCACCGACGAGUCAAUAUCCUGUGAGUCGAUUUUCGUAGAGAUCACAUCAUUAACACCGAGAUUGGAGUAUGGACAGACACCACGAUGACGACGACGAUCCUCCGCAAUGGCCCCGUCGGCACCCCGACCCUCAGGGGCGAGCAACGCAGAUACGAACUGUCACACGGUCCGAAUCUUCCUUCCCUCAGUCGCCAAGGCGUAUCCACAUGAACAACGGACAUGAUUGGUCAGAUGGAUCCUUUCCAGAUAUUGGCUGUGGGCCACCGCCACCCGCACAGCCCGCAAUCAGAGUACGCACGGACGAAAAGGAUCCGCUGCCCGUCGGCCAACCCGAGCCCUAUCUCUCGAUCAGUCAUGUUCGGUUUCACAUGCAGUCACGGCCGCCGGGACCACUGGAGACAAAGUACAAUACACCUCACACAUUCGUCUGCUCAGACGAUGAUCAGCCUGUGGUGAGCUUGAUUAGUCUGGCCGACCUCGCGCGCUGGCGACGGCGAUUCCCUCGUUUGGAGAUGCUCAUUGAAUCUCUGACUGGGCCCUGCCGGUACGAGAUACUUCACUUCCAUGCCGUCCUUCAGAUCCCAAAGGAAGGCGGGACCCCGGGAUACAGCUUGGAGACCCUCUUCGAGCUAGGCCGGAGAAAGAUGAGCAGUCAUGCAUUCGAUGCGGACCAAUGGGUGUGUUACAACUUCCUCUAUCGAGAUGGGAUUCUGAUCAAAAAGCAUCCCUCGACCCUCUCUCCUGAUCCACACUCUUAUGCGCUGGCAGUUCCUUUUGAAACCAGCUGGUUGGGUGGUGAGGUAUUGCUUUCUGACUCAGGUCCCGAGACGGAGAAACUCAUUCGAAAGAUCACGAUGGUCCAAGAGAUUUGCAUUGCCAGCAAUCACAAAAAGACCCCCGAGACAUCCAAUCAGCAGUUUAACUCCGACAAGAUGGGGAUCCCAGUUGUGGUUGCUCUUUGGAGCUUUGAGCAAGCUUCUCCUGGCUGCCCUGGGUCUCUGCAGGCAAUUAAUGUCAGUGUGCCGGAGCGCCUUCUGAGUUCUUCACUGUCAAGUCCUGAGACUGGAACAAAUUUAAUAAGCCCUUUACCCUAAUGAGCUAGGCACAACAGAUGGCGCGACUGCGAGGACCUGGAGCACUGAGAAAUGCAAAAGCUGUGUCGUACUAUCGCAGGAGGGUGACAAAGAAGCACAUGUCACUGGGCUUGAGCCUUGCACAGGUCACACAGACUCCGGUCAUGCUUUUAAUAUGCACCCAAAGCGUGAAGAAGAUGUGGCAAUAUCGACAGGGAACAAGAUAGCUUUGGGUAAAACCGAGUCCCAGGAGGGCGGCAGUGCUAGUGACGAAAACGACAGGGAAAGCAUCUACUCCCGGUGCUC